AUGGGGCUCUCUGGGGCGGUGCACGAGGACCUUGGGAGGUGUGGGGCCGGGUGGGGACCGCGUGGGGUCUGUCGGGCGCCAUCGCCCCGCCGAGGCCCACGCGCUGCCCGUGGCUCUGCGUUCCAGAACAAGCUCGUGGACCGGUGCGAGCGGCUGCAGCUGCAGAGUGCGGCCAUCGCCCGGCACGUGGACGAGGUGCUGCCCGCCAAGGACCAGGGCGUCCUGAAUGCAGCCAACGCGGCACGGGAGCUGGUAAUCCAGAGGCUGAUCUUUGUGGGGAACGCUUGUGAAAAUGAAGAGCAGCGGUUGCUGGAGAGGGUGCACACGGAGGAGGAGCGGGCGCACCAGAGCAUCCUGACGCAGCGGGUGCACUGGACGGAGGCUCUGCAGAAGCUGGCUGCCCUCCGAACCUACCUGGUGGACAUGAUCACCAACCUGGAUGACCAGGACCUGGUGCACUUGGCCUUAUUGAAACUCAUACUAUUGGCCUUGAGGACAAGGACAGAGCCCCAGUGUGGCCUCUUGUCUGCUUCCUGUGCUGCACUGCAGCUCAAGAUGAAGUCUUGGCACCUAAAAAUGCUCCAUGUGCGAUGUCUCCUCAGAGGUGUUGCCAGAUGUGCUGGCCCUUGCUUACAGGAGUCCUUCUCCAGCUCCUUAGUAAAAUCCACAGAGAUGGAGCCAGCCUGGCCUCUUGGCAGGAGGACAGAGGUGGCGGAGGGAAUCUUAGAGCCCCAGGAGUCCCUGAAGUUAAACUUUAAUCAGACCUGUGUUCAGAGUCCACUGCUGCAUCGACUAUGGGCCUCUGCUGUUCUCUGCUGCAUGGCAGGCUCACAGGAGAUUCACAUCGAUGAGAAAACCAUCAGCCCCCACCUCAGCCUGUUGGAAGACAAGAAAACCCUGACCUUCAGCCCCAAGAAAGCAAAGGUGGACUUGGACUGCCCCGAGCGGUUUGACCACUGGCCCAAUGCUUUGGCUACUGCAGCUUUCCACUCGGGAGUCUGCACGUGGAAGAUCAGUGUGGAGAAGAGCUGCGCUUACAAGUUGGGGGUUUGCUACAGCUCCCUGCCACGGAAAGGGUCUGGCAAUGAAGCCCGCCUGGGCUUCAACGCUGCCUCCUGGGUCUUCUCACGCUACGACAAGGAGUUCCGGUUCUUGCACGCCGGGCACCCGCAGGCGGUGGAGCUGAUCAAGUCUCCGGCUGAGAUCGGGGUGCUGGUUGACUUUGCUGGAGGGGAGGUGCUUUUUUACGACCCUGAUUCCGGCACCAUCCUCUUCUCCCACAGGGAGACUUUCCAGGAGCCCCUCUAUCCUGUCUUUGCUGUGGCGCACCAGAGCAUCUCGCUUGUGCAGUGAGCGAAGCCCUGGGCUCGCUGCGGGGUGAGCUGUAUAUACACCAUACAGUACCUUUAUGGGGGAAGGAGCCCAGGCAGGGCUAUGGCGUGUGUACACUGGUGGUCAGACAACACCUGCCUUCCAACUACA